ACACCAUCAUCGAUCACGACUUUUUGUUGUUGGAAGGAUGUCGUUCAAAAAGGAUGAAGAGACAGGUGUCUCAUCCUUUUAUCAAGACAAAACUUCAGUCAUUCAAGAAGCACGUGUAUUUAACGAAACGCCAAUCAGUCCAAGAAAAUGUCGUAUCUUAUUAACAAAAGUGAUUUAUUUGUUGUAUUCUGGAGAAACGUUCAGUAGACAAGAAGCAACAACUUUGUUCUUUGGCGCAACGAAGCUAUUUCAACAUAAAGAUGCAGCCCUUCGACAAAUGGUCUAUUUGGCCAUCAAGGAAUUAUGUCCUUUGGCAGAUGAUACCAUAAUGGUGACUGCCUCGAUCAUGAAGGAUAUGCAACCCAAUAUGGAAGUCAUUUAUCGACCAAAUGCUAUUCGUGCUCUAAGUCGUGUUGUAGACCCAUCAAUGGUACAAGGUCUCGAACGUUUCUUCAAAUCUGCCAUUGUCGAUCGCAACUCUUCAAUCUCAUCAGCAGCCCUUGUCUCUUCUUACCAGCUAUACAUUGCCGCACGCGAUGUCGUUCGUAGAUGGGGAAAUGAAGCACAAGAAGCAAUCAAUGCAAAACCUCCAUCAGGCGCAAUGGGCUCAGGUGGUCUAGGCAACUUCAGUUCUGGCUUUGGUGGUUCCUACCUGGGUUGGGGCAGUCAACCUCCCCCACAACAAAGCAGCGCAUUUGCCGUCAUUCCAAGUUCUACGUUCAUUACUCAAUAUCACGCUCUUGGUUUGUUGUACCUCAUCCGUCAAGGUGACAGAAUGGCUGUGACAAAAUUGGUGCAACAAUUGGGUACGGCAAACAAGAACACGAUGCGCAGUCCAUAUGCAGUCUGUAUGUUGGUCCGUUAUGCUGCAAAGGUGGCCGAAGAAGAUCCAAAUUUGCGACAUGCCAUGAUGGAAUUGCUCGAAGGCUGGUUGAGACACAAGUCUGACAUGGUCAAUUACGAAGCUGCUCGUGUAUUGUGUGAUAUGCGUGGCAUUUCAACCGCAGAAUUGGCCAAACCAAUUGGUGUUUUGCAAUUGUUCCUUUCUUCUUCCAAAUCUACACUCAAGUUUGCUGCCAUUCGUACAUUGGCCAAACUCGCACAAACCAACCCUGCAGCUGUGCAAACAUGCAAUGUCGAUAUGGAGAAUCUCAUCACUGACACGAAUCGAAGUGUGGCUACAUAUGCUAUCACAACUCUGCUCAAGACUGGAAAUGAAGCAUCAGUUGAUCGUUUGAUGAAACAAAUUUCUGGAUUCAUGAGCGAAAUCAGUGACGAAUUCAAGGUGAUCGUGGUAGAUGCAAUUCGCAGUCUCUGCCUCAAAUUCCCAUCGAAGCAAACUGCCAUGUUGCAAUUCUUGUCGGGCGUUUUGCGUGAUGAAGGUGGUUACGAGUUCAAGCGUGCCGUUGUGGAAGCCAUCUUUGAUAUGGUACAAUUCAUUGGCGAUUGCAAGGAAACUGCUUUGGCACACUUGUGUGAAUUCAUCGAAGACUGCGAGUUCACCAAACUCAGCGUUCGUAUUCUCCAUCUUCUCGGUAUUGAAGGUCCCAAGAUGGCCCAACCACACAAGUAUAUCCGUUACAUUUACAACCGAGUCAUUUUGGAAAAUGCAAUCGUUCGUGCUGCAGCCGUCAACAGUCUUGCCAAAUUUGGCUUGGGAGACAAAUCACUCACAGCACGUAUUACCGUCUUGUUGCAACGUUGUUUGGAUGACGUGGAUGAUGAAGUUCGUGAUCGUGCAGCAAUGAAUUUGCGUAUCCUCAAAGAGAGUCAAUUGGCCCAAAGAUUGGCACCAUCCGACAGCACAUUCAAGCUAGCAGCUCUAGAAUCUUCAUUACAACAAUACCUUGAAGAUCCAUCCUCAGCGGCCAAGAGCUUCAAUGCUGCUGAAGUUCCCCGCGUCACCCGUGAAGAACAAAAGCAAGAAGAAUUACGAGCAAAGAACGAAGCUGCAAGCAAAGUGGCCAUGGCCGCCGAUGCAAAAGGAACGGGCUCCAGUACUGGACCUGGUACGGCCGUUGGAGCGGCUGCCGCUGCUGCAGCUGCCGCCAACGGAAAUGGCGUCGAUCUUACACAACAAUAUGCCGCCCAACUCAAAGCGAUUCCCAACUUUGCCGAAUAUGGACCAUUACUCAAAAGUUCCAAGAAACCAACGGAAAUCACAGAACAAGAAACGGAAUAUGUGGUCACCGUUGUUACGCAUGUGUUCCCCAAGAAUAUCGUUUUGCAAUACAAUGUCACAAAUACAUUAUCGGAUACAGUAUUGGAUGACGUUGCGGUUGUGGUAGAUGGCGCAAGUGAGAUUGGAUUAUCGGAAGAUGUGAUUGUGAAAGCCAACUCGCUCACACAAGCGGAGCCAACUGGAGCAGUGUAUGUCUCCUUCACUCGUGAAGAAGGUAGCAAUGUGUUCCCACAAGGCACUUUAUCCAACACACUUCGCUUUAUCAGUCGUGAAGUUGAUCCAACUACAGGAGAAGCCGAAGCGGAAGGCUACGAUGAUCAAUAUGAAAUGUCUGAAUUGGAAUUGGGCACUUCUGAUUACGUACAAGAAAGAUGGGCAGAUUGGACGAAAGAAUGGGAAGAUUUAGGCAAACAAAGUUCAGCAUCGGAAACGUUUGCAUUGACGGCAUUAGAAAGCUUGAAACAAGCAUGUGAAACCUUGGUGGACUUGUUUGGAAUGCAAGCUUUGGGUGGAACGGAUUUGCCUACUUCAACAUCUGUUCAUACUCUCAAUUUGGCAGGAUAUGUUGUCACCGUGCCGCAAAAAGCCAAAGUGUUGGCCAGGUGCAGGAUGACAUUUGCCGGUAAAGGGGAAGGUGUGACGAUGGAAUUGACGGUUAGAGGUAGCUCUGAUGAAGCUGUUCAAUUGAUCUUGGGAUCGAUUGCAUAAAAUUGUGUAGAUUUCUCAGUAGCAGUCAAAAAUGCUAAUAUCAGAUGAUGAAUGUUAAGCCGUGCAUGCG